GCCGAGGCUGCUGCCCUUAAAACCCAUAUCGGCCAGUGUUUGAAGAAAGUUACAGAUGGCAGACUUGAAGGACGAAGAAGAACAUGCAUUGUUCUCGAAUUCGAAGCGAAAGCCCGAUCUCACCUUCGUAGACAAAGACAUUGCUCUUGCCCACGCCGCUGAAAGCGAUCCAAACAAAAAGCAAAAACCUAAUUAUUGUACGGACAACAACCCUUCAAUUCCACAAGAGGAAAAAUUCGAUGAAGUCGACGAAGAAGACGAGCACGACGACGACGAAGCGGACUACGAAAGCGAAGACGACGACGACGACGAAGAUGAUGAUGAUGAACAUUCGAACGGAAAAGCUAAAAUCGAUAGCAAGGGUAAGGGGAUUUUAGUUGACAACAAAGGUAAAGGGAAAUUCAUAGAAGAAUCGGACGACUUGAGUGAAUCUGAUUGCGACAGUGAUCUCUCUGAUGAUCCACUUGCGGAGGUUGAUUUGGAUAACAUUCUUCCGUCGAGGACUCGCCGGCGCGCGGUCCAGCCCGGGCUUUAUAUUUCUAAGGAUCUCGGCAAGGAUGUCGAUGAUGAUGAUACCCAUGCUUAAUUGAGCUCAGGUUAGCAAACUAUACUGCGAUUUUGUUUAGUUUAGGUGAUUAGGAUGGUGAGACUAUGAUGCUAAUUUCCUAGUCUGGGAAAAACGUGACUGUGUCGUUGAAUGCAUGUGGUAACCCAAUCUAUAGGAUCGUUUCAAUUGAUUUGGGUAUAUCCCCUUCUAUUAUCACCGAUUUUUUCUUUUCACCUUUGGUUUCACCAAUUCUUCACCACAUUGAAUCUGCAUAGUCCCAGACCAAAAAAAAUAAUGAUAAUAAUAAUAAG